CUGACGGAAAACGAGAACGGGCGGAAAGAUGCCGGGCCUGAUCGCUGUAAGCGAAUUCGUCGAGGAGACGAGGGAGGACUACAACUCGCCCACCACGUCCACCUUCGUCUCGCGAAUGCCACAGUGCAGGCAGACCAUCACGUCCCUCGAAGAGACCUUGGACUUCGAUAGGGAUGGUCUCACAAAGCUGAAGAAGGCUAUCAAGGCUAUCCACAACUCCGGAAACGCUCACGUGGACAACGAGGUGUACUUAGGAAGAGCGUUAGAGCGACUGGGCGACGCCGCUCUGAAGGAACAGGAACCAGACAUAGGCGCGGCGUUUCUCAAAUUCGCGGUGGUCACGAAGGAACUGAGUGCACUCAUGAAGACCCUGAUGCAAAACAUCAACAACAUCGUGAUGUUUCCACUGGAUUCGGUGCUAAAGGGUGAUCUGAGGGGCGUAAAGGGGGACCUGAAGAGGCCCUUCGAGAAGGCCUGGAAGGAUUACGAGGCUAAGUACGCGAAAAUCGAAAAGGAGAAGAAGCAGCACGCGAAGGAGGCCGGUCUGAUUCGUACGGAGGUCACGCCCGCCGAGAUCGCAGACGAGAUGGAGAAGGAGAGACGGUUGUUUCAGUUGCAAAUGUGCGAGUAUCUGAUCAAAGUGAAUGAGAUCAAAACGAAAAAGGGUAUCGAGCUGUUGCAGCAUCUAGUCGAAUAUUAUCACGCGCAAACAAAUUACUUUCAGGACGGCUUGAAGACUAUUGAGCACUUCGGCUCGUACGUGGCCGACCUGAGCGUGAAGUUACAAAAAAUCAGACAGACGCAGGAUGAAGAACGGAGACGACUAACGGAGCUUAGAAGUCUUCUUAGAAGCUCCGGAUGUGACAAAGAGCUGAACGCGAAUGCGAACGCGGGUUACUCGCUGCACCAGCUGCAAGGCGACAAGCAGCACGGCGUCACGCGCUCCGGUCACCUGCUGAAGAAAAGUGAGGGCAAGAUGAGGCGAGUCUGGCAGAAGAGGCGAUGCGCCGUGCAGGCAGAGGGCUACCUCGAUAUCUGUCACGCGGACGAGAACAAGCCGCCCACCAGGGUGAACCUAUUGACCUGCCAGAUUAAGUUAGUGCCGGACGACAAGCGAGGCUUCGAUCUCAUAAGCUACAAUAGGACGUACCAUUUCCAAGCGGAGGACGAGGCGGACCAGCGCGCGUGGAUGUCGGUUCUCGUGAAUUGUAAGGAACGCGCCCUGUUGCGGGCGUUUGACGCGAGCGGCAAGGCAGAGGCCGGUAGCGGCAAUCCCAGCCUUGUAGAGCUGCAGCAGGCUGUUAUACGAUGCGUUAUGCGAUUACCCGGAAACGAUCAGUGCUGUGAUUGCUCCUCGCAGAACGACGCCACGUGGCUGUCGACGAACUUCGGUAUAAUAGUGUGCAUAGAGUGCAGUGGCAUCCACCGGGACCUGGGCGUGCACAUAUCGCGGAUACAAUCUCUGACGUUGGAUAACGUCGGCACCGCUCAGCUGCUGCUCGCGCGACACAUGACGAAUCAGGCUUUCAACGAGGUGAUGGAGGCGACGUUGCGUCACAAUCUCAAGCCGUCACCGACGUCGACGAUGGAGGAGAGAUACGAGUUCAUACGCGCCAAGUACGUGGACAAGAGAUACGUGAUGAACACGUGCGCGGACGAGCGCGAUCUACUUUCCGAUUUAGAGCAUGCCGUUAAUAACCGCGACCUGCAGCAACUUCUGCAAGUUUACGCUGAGAACGUAGAUCUGGCUGCGCCAUUGCCGACAUCGGACCUAGGCGAAACCGCAUUACACUUGGCCAUUCUGCGCGAGAUGGGUAGCAGUCUGCACAUUGUGGAUUUCCUAGUGCAAAAUAUGCCGAGUGGCGGUAUUGAUAGACCGACCAUCGAUGGUGAAACGGCGCUGCAUCUUUCCGCGCGGCACGACAGGGCAGAAGCGAUGAAGCUGCUUCUACGAGCUGGUGCGGAUCCAUCGCAGCGAAACAAGCAAGAUAAGACACCGCUGGACAUUGCUCAAGAAAUGGGACAUCACACAUGCAAAGAACUGCUCAGUCACGCUCUCCAGAGACAGAAAACGUUGUUUGACAAUGUCAAUAUUGACUGGAAUCUUUCUCACGAUGAGGGUUCCACGGACUUCUCUGAUGACGAAACGAUAAUCGAAGAUAGAAAUGGAUGUUUGACGCCUGAAAAGAAGUCACGUAGUAGACCGCCAUCGUAUGCCGGAGGUGGCGGUACGGGUUCGGGUGACUCGCCGGUGACACUGCGUAGCCGGAGUAGCACUUGCGACAGUUUACAGAGCGGAUCCUCUCCGAGCGCCUCAACAAACCGUCAGCAAAUGCCUCCACCACCACCGCCACAGGCGAGGAAACCCGUAGCUGUGCCCACUCCCAUGGUGCCGGACAUUUCAGUGAACAUGCACGGCUCGCUGAAGAAGCGGGUUGCACCACCGCCACCGCCCGCUGGAAACUCCAUCGCGAGCGGUGUUCUGCCCUCGUCGCACUACGGUACGCUACCUACGUCGACGCACAGUCGUACGACCAGCGAGCCAAUUUUAGCCGGCCACACUUUACACACUCUACCGCAUACGUUGAAUACAUUAAAUAGCCAACAUCAUAAGAGAUCACCGAGCGGCGACUCGUCGACCGGACACGGUAUGGACAAGACGAACAGCUCGACGUUGCAGAGACCGCGGAAUCCACCGCCUCCGGCUCCAUCCAGCGUUACGACUAGGCUAAGCAACGGACGCAGCAGCGAGUCCCUGAGUUCUAUGUGUUCGGAUCAUGGUCUCGGCAAUCCUAUUCCGCCACCACGAAAGCGAAGGGACCGGUCCAGGCUAGAGAGCUACGCCGAAGAGCCUUCAUCUUUGCUCCCAAAUCUGAAUCUGCCGACGUCGUCGACUUUGAGUGGCCUACGACGCUGCCGGGCUCUGUACGAUUGCGAGGCCGACAACGAGGACGAGCUGUCGUUUCGCGAGGGUGAGGUCAUCAUCGUGACGAAUGAGCAGACAGACGAUGACAACUGGAUGGAAGGCGCGUUAGAACGGGCGCCCGAACGGCGGGGCAUGUUUCCGAUUAGUUUCGUACACAUGCUGCAGGAUUAACAUUCGGUAAGCCUGAACUCGUUGGCGAGCGUCACCAGCACUGCCAGUUCGAUGAGCGUCGCCAGUCUCGGCCGUAGAAACUGGUUAAGGAAGCCGAAGGAGUGAAGCGUUCGAGCUAUCUUUCCGUCGUCUCUUCAGAGUGGUCGCAUCCAAAGGAAGAAACAUUUGGACAUUGACGAGCGUCGUUAUUAAGUGAAGAAUUUAAUCCGCAUCUUGAUUCUCUCAUUUUUCAUGUUCCCCUAGGACAACUGACAUUUGUAAGAUGAAAUGAAAAGUGCAUCAACAUGGGCAAUUUUGCACCUAGAGUAAAUGCUUUAGAAAAUCGAGGAACGAUGAAGAUAAAACAAUUUUUUUAACGGAGAAAAAUGAAUAAUUUUUUUUUAAGCACGAUACAAAAUUGUAUGUUUACUCUGAAAUUAAAUUUUCAUUUUUUUAUAAGGUGGAAAAUUCAUUUCGAUUAAAUUUCAAUUUACUGUAUAAAGUAAUCAAAUUGAGGGUGUGAUCUAUUUAAUGUUGUAAAUGCUUCGAGGCAUUUGAUUGAUCAAUCAGAACAAAAAAUUUUACGAUUUUACAUCAGAGAAUGCCUCGAAACUUUUACAGCUUUAAGUGGAUCAAUUAUAUUACUAUUUCAUUCAAUGUAAUUAUGUGCAAGUUCAAGUUUUAUUCUUCCGUAGCUUGCUAAACUGAAAGUUUAGCUACUAGAUUAAAAAAUUUUUCUCUUCUACGGUGCAAAAUUAUAUCUGUUGAUGCAAUAGUAUUCAAUCUUAUGGUACUUUACGAACGAUUUUUUUAAAUCCGCGAAUGCCUUAAUAUAAAAUUUUAAUUCACUCUUUUGUCGCGUAUAAUGCAACAUCAAUGCGUACUACAAUCCUUAUGUUUCGAGGAGAUUAAGAGAAAAUAGAUUUCAAUUUGUUUUUCUGGUUCAAAUAUCAAUCGAUUUCGCACUGGACUAUAAUCAACGUACGCCAUGGAUCGUGUUAACGUGAUUAUUGAGAAAUUACCGAGUAUUUAGAUGAGUAUUAGUGUCUUACGCUAGACGACAAUCACAUCGAGACACUCGAAAGCGUGUGAAUAUUGCGAUCGAUGGAUACUCGGAAUUUCGUCUCGUCAUUCAGACAUGAUUAUGCAGUGAGAUUAAGGCAAUGGCAAUUGCCACAGAGAGUAUCUUGCCAUGAAAACCCCUCUAAAAUAAUGUCAUUCGGAACCGGCGUUUAAAGUAGAUCUCAUAUACCCGUGUAAACUGUAAAAAGCGCACACCACAAAAAUACGUUGAAGGGUUACCAUGCUCUGACAAAAAGAAACUAUAACAGAACAGUUAGAGUUCAUUAAAGAACAGAUUAAGCCUUAAUCCUUAAUCCAGUCGCCCGAAGUGGGAUCUCUUGUUAUGUGAGCGGAGUUUCUUUUUGUCAAAGCAUGGUAACCCCUCAACGUAUUUCUGUGAUAUGCGCUUUUUACAAUUUCAGCAGAUUUUAGUUUAUGUAUCAAUAAUAAUAUAAAAAAGUUCAUCGAAAAGUUAUACCAAGUAUUAAAGAAAAAAAAAGGCUGAAAAGGAAUAGAAAAAUCAAAUUUCGAUCUUGGAGGCCCAUAUUCCAAGGGGAGCAAGUGAGAUUAUUGCAAUGCAAGAUUGUUGUUCUAAAAAAAAACACGGAAGCUCUGACAAGCUUGACAAUAUUGUAAAUCCUAGAUCUGUUCAUCUAACUCCGAAUGCAAUAUCAAAAACUAAUAUUGAAAAAUAUAAUUGUAGAUGCAAAGGAAAUUGCUCUUCACGCAUCUGUGAAGAAGAAUUACAAUUGAAAUCCGCUGUAAAUGUGACAGGAAACUGUGCCAAAACCAGGUAAGAAAUGAAAGAGAGUCGAUAGUAUUCGUUUGCUAUACGCCUGUAAGCGCGUAGGCGAUCUCUUCCGCAUCCGUAAUAUAUACGAUCUACAGUUGUAACGUCGGAUCCGAACGGCUUAUUAGUAGACAUUUUCCUGGGCAGAGUUACUCUCGGUAGUUUGCCCUUGCCUUCCGAGAGAUAGCGAUCGAUUAAAAUUAAAUGUUUUUGAUCAGUGGGAUUUGAACCUGAAUCUUCGGCACAGAAAGAAGACGCAUGACUCUCUGCGCCACAAUCACUACAAAGUAGACAUGAUUACGCAGCGGGAUUUAUCUUUCCUCGAAGGUGACUUUUGUUUUUAAUGUGAAAGAAGGGUAGAGAAAACUGAUUGUACAAAUGCCGCGAUGUCAACAUUCGUAGGUUUCGGUGUUUGUCGCGAAGAAUGUUGUAUCUGAAAAGUUUAUACGUAGAGAGAUCUAUAUGUAUUCGUCUAACUCAUAUAUUAUACAUAUAUGGCACGUAAUUGUUCGCAUAUAAUCUAGUUGAAAAAUAAAAAUCCGGUUAACAAAGUAUAACAAAGUAUAUCGAGAAUGACGUUAGCAAAAGAAAAAGAACAUCGCGCAACGGCUGACGUUAAGAUCGAAAUUGGGGAUUGAAAUUAAAGAGUUUUGCGGAAUCGCGACGCUAAAAAAAUGUGAUAUAUAUAUAUAUAUAUAUAUAUAAAUAUAUUUCAGAGUAAAUUAUUAGUAUUCUAUGAAGAAACGCAUCUAUGAACAAAUUAUGAAACGAACAACAUUUUCCAUACCAAAUGAUUAAUGUAGAGAUAGCGUAGAUUUUAUCCGAUGCUUAUGUGCAAAACGCGUUCCCGAAAAGGAUUAUAAAGCAUCUAUCAACAGAGAAAAUCUAAUAAUAAAUAUUAACAAUGUAUGUAGUUUAUAAGAAAGUAUAAAGGAGACUCUUAAAAUGCGGAUUAGAGGAAUAUGAGCUUUCGGUGAUUAUACCAUUGUCUUGAAGAUCCUGUAUAACGUACUCUGGCGAUAUUGCGUUGGAAAGAGAAAAAGACGUGCACGUGUUUUCGUGUCUUCAUCGUUUGUACGUUUUAUUGAUCUGGCGCACACUUCUUUUUUCUGUACUGCCAAUAACGGAUCGAUUUAACGUAGGGAUAGACAAACUCGCGGUAUAUAGAGUCGUAUUUGUAUUCCGCAUUUAACGCAAAAUGUCGAUUCUAAGUCUAGGAUACUGUUAAAACGCGGAUCUUUUCGCACAAGAGACAAAUAAAUCUCAGAAUCAAACGACCACAUUUGACGUUAAAUGUGAGAAUGUACGAAUGCGAACCAUAGUCUUUAGUGUGUCGCGGGGAGACGACUAAAUUUAGCGUAAGGAGGAAAGAGCAAGAGACGAAUUUUAGCGGUCGUCGAGUACACGAGAUGUUACACACCGAUAUUGCAUGACAAGUAUUAUUAGUUUACUCGAUUUACAAACGUCGUUACGUACGACUGUGCGUAUAUAUUUUUUUCUUUCCGUAAUGCCAUACUACAUAUUAGUCGAUCCUCAAAUAGAAUACGGGCCUCGAAACCGGUUAUUAGCCGCCAAGCGUGCUAGGAAACACGAUGAAAACGCGUAAUGUGACGCGACAGAAUUCUUUUACGCUUUGCGUUAUAUUAUUAAUAUUCUAUUUGAAAGUACGAGACCAAAGAGGAUUUUGCGAAAGGCGAGAAGAGAGCCGUGUCGAGAACGACAUGCUUGCGGAGUCAUUUUAGUCUAAACGGCGUUCACUGGUAAAAUUAUUUCCCGAACGGAACGGGGAAAGCUACGGCGAAAGCAAAAUACUUAUUACUAAUAACAUGACUGCAUACCACUGUCGAUCGGUAAAAUGACUCCGCAAAUCGCCACGAUUCGAUCAACGUGUGUUCGGCUCCGUAAAUGUUAUGCGGAUCGUGUAUCGAUGCUCGGACAGCACGAGGUGAUUACUAAAACUGUACUGUUUUCCUUACGAUUAUUAUAAGGCUUUGUACAUAGACGAAAACUAGAGUAUACCACUGCAAGCUAUUAGCUGUGACACUAAAUCUCCUAAAUGUAACUGUUUGAUUUAAGAAUGCAACGCUUAACACGCAUACUUCAUCCAAAAACGUUACUUUACUAGGAGUUUCGAAUAUUUUCCAAUUUUUAUUCGUAGAAAUAAAAGUAUAUCCGAAUCAUUUAUACACACACACACACACACACACACACACAUAUAUACAUAUAUAUAUAUAUAUAUAUAUAUAUAUAUAUAUAUAUGUAUGUAUGUACAUGUAUACAUACGUUUCUUUCCGAAAAAUUAACGGUUUUCUUUUUUACUGCAUUUUAUCAUUCUCGUGUUAAAAGGAAAUAGAUUUUCUUAUAUUUUCUUCGAUAAUUAAAACAAAAAUUAAUCAACCCAUAUUUCGCUGUCUUUGUAGAAUUCAAAAGAGAAAAUGGAGAAGGCUAAAGGUGCCGUUACCGAAAGUAAUUUUUCCAUGAAGAAGACAGAUUCACUUUUAUGGAAAAAUUGUUCCGCUUUAAAAAGAGAAGUAUAUUACCUGUUAUUGCUUGAAGAUAAUAUAAAAUACGGUAUAGACAGUAUAUUGCAGAAUUUUUAAUUCGAAAACUACUCGGAGAAACUAUAUUGAAAAUUCUUCAGCGAGAGAGCACAUUCUUAGCAUUUUCUGUUCCCUCUUAAUCAUUCUCGAAAAGUCUUUUUUUCAAUAAUACGUAGGACAGAAGUAAUAUGAAACACCAAUGCCCAGUUAAGUCGUUAUCACGUUUAGGCAAGAUAAGAUUGUUGUACUGGAAAUCCCGUUUGAUAUCUAGAAAUUUCUAUAGAAUUGAAUCUUGAAUAUACAACUGAUUAGAAAAAAUAGUUUUGGUUUGAUACAAUUGUUUUUAAGUCGAAGCGAUAAAAUAGAAGCUCGCCUAACGGACAUAGUGCUGUAUUGAAGUUCUGUAUCUCAUCUAUAACUUCAAUAUACAAUAUGUCUAAUAAAAGAAGAUAUGAUUAGCUGAACUAUUUAACGUUAGAUUAAACGGUCUUUCAUCUCGUUCAACGUUGUCUUGGAAUUCAUGAAUUUCAUCGCAGACGCAUCAACAAUGUCAUGUUGAUGUACGUUUAUAAACGAUAAAAUUUGUCGUGCCGAUGUGUGUAAAUACGUGUAUAGAUAAAAGGUAGAAUUUACGCGCUCGUGUUAUGUGUAUGCGUGAAAUGAAGUGAGGAAGCGAAAUAAAUCGAUGUUUAUAUUAUACCGAACAUAUAUAUUAAAUUACGAUCUAACUUUAAGUAUGUGGAUAUUGUCUAUUUAACUGUACGAUUUAAGCGACGAUUGAUCCUUUGCAUUUCAAACUUAAGAGUAGUCGUUAGGUAGAAUGUAAGUAUUUAUUAUUAUUUUGUAGCCACACUUCGUACUAAGCGGAACGCGUGAGUGUAUAGAAACGAGAGGAGGUUCUUCAAAUGUUUGAUACGAACAACAAAAUGCGCGAGUUAAUGUUUGAUGGUUUGAUCACCAUCACCGUGAUUAAUUAAAUUCUCUUUUUCUUUAGGUGUAUCUGUGUUACAAUUACACGUAUCGUCCGAAUGAAAAAAAUUUUAAUCAUAUCAACAUUUUCUUUAAUUCUCAAUUGACAUAAAAGUUUAGACGUCUAAAAUUUCGGGCAAAUCUUCCUGGUCAUUUCUCAUUUGUACGAACGAUUUAGAGCAUAACGAGAUUUUAAUUCAUCAAAGGUGUUGGUACAACUUGAAGGAAGGUGAACUUGUGAGUGUAAUCUCUAACUGUUGUUCGGAGAUUUGAUGUGAAUUUUGUACUCGUAUUUGAUAUUUUAACAACCUUACAUUGAUUGUGAGAAAAGAUACAUUAAUAUAUUGAAUCCCUGCGUGUGUACGUAGCCAUUCCGUUAGAGAUGGUGAGUGGAAGAAAUGAAGAGAAACGAUGACGACGUAAGUCCGAUCGAACAAAAUCACAUGAUUCUAGAUUCGGCGUACACAAUUGUCGCCGGCACAGGUCUAAAUAUUUAUAUAUUACACGGAACGAUGACAUAUUGUAUCGACGUUUAAUAUUAUCUUUCACCGUUAAAACUGUGCACAACGUCACCGGACGGGACGCGACUUCAGAAAUGUAACAGAGAGGAAAAUAAAUGCUGUUUAGAGAACUAUAAAAUUAA